GCCGGACAGCGCUCGGGCGGCCGGGACAGUCUCGCGCCGGACAAGGCGCCCCCAGAAAGGGCGCCCCCAGAAAGGGCGCCCCCGGAAAAGGCUGCCCCCAGAAAGGGCGCGCCCCGACAAGGCACCGCCAGACAAGGAGACCAGCGGAUGGACUGCAAGCUGCUCUACGUGACGGCCGAGGAUGCCGCCGAGGCCAAGGCGCUGGGCCGGGCGCUGGUCGAGGCCCGGCUGGCGGCCUGCGCCAACGUGAUCGAGAAGAUGACGCCGAUCUUCUGGUGGGAGGGCGCAGUGCAGGAGGGCUCCGAGGCGAUCCUUCUGGCCAAGACGCGCGCCGACCUGGUGCCGGCCGCCACGCAACUGCUCGUCGAGCGGCAUUCCUACGAUCUGCCUUGUGUGGUCGCCCUGCCGAUCGGGCCCGGCCAUGCCCCCUUUCUGGACUGGAUCGGCGCCGAGACCGCGACCCCGGAGGCGCACGGGCUCGCCAUGGCUGCGCCCUCCGCCCGGCUGACGCUGACCUUCAGCUGCCUGGGCCACCUCUAUGUCCACCUCUUCACGGCCUUCUACUUCGUGAUCGUGCUGUCGCUGGAGGAGGUCUGGAGCCUGCCGUACCACGAGCUGGUCGAGCUCUGGACCCUGGGCGCGCUGCUGGUCGGCCUGGCGGCGCUGCCGGCCGGCUGGCUCGGCGACCGCUGGUCGGCGCGCGGCAUGAUGGUGCUCUACUUUCUGGGCAUGGGCGGCGCGGCCAUUGCCUGCGGCCUGGUCGACCAGCCCACGGCGCUGCUGCUCGGCCUGGCGGCGAUCGGGCUCUUCGCCUCGAUCUACCACCCGGUCGGCAUCGCCUGGCUGGUCAAGUCCUCCGCCCGACGCGGCAAGGCCCUGGGGAUCAACGGGGUCUUCGGCGCGGUCGGCGUCGCGGUGGCCGGCCUGGUAGCCGGCACCCUGAUCGACCUCUUCUCCUGGCGGGCCGCCUUCAUCGUGCCCGGCGUGAUCAGCGUGGCGACCGGGCUGGCGCUCUGGGUCGCCGUGGCGCGGGGGCUGGUGAGCGAGGGCGCGCGCGACAGCGCCGGGCACCGCCCCUCCGGCCGGGGCGAGGUCCUGCGCGUCUUCCUGGUCUUCCUGCUGACCAUGACGGUGAUGGGGCUGCUGUUCCAGGCCACCCAGGCGGCGCUGCCCAAGGUGUUCGACCUGCGCCUGCGCGACCUGGUGGGCGAGGGGGCCUUCGGCGUCGGCGCCGUGGUCGCCGCGGUCUACACCGUGGGCGGUGCGAUGCAGGUACUGGGCGGCUACAUGGCCGACCGCCUGCCGCUCAAGUCGCUCUACGUCGGCGCCUUCCUGUUCCAGGUGCCGAUCCUCGCCGGCAUCGCGCUACUGGGCGGCGUGCCGCUGAUCCUGGUGGCGGCGAUCAGCGUGCUGCUGUCCACCGCGGCGUUGCCGGCGGAGAACAUGCUGCUGGCCCGCUACACGCCGGAACGCCACCGCAGCCUGGCCUACGGCGCCAAGUUCGUGCUCGCCUUCGGCACCGCGCCGGCGGCGAUCUGGGCGGUCUCGCAGGUGCAGGCGCUGACCGGCGAGUUCACCUGGCUGUUCGCGCUGGCCGCCGGGCUGGCCGCGAUCGCCACCCUGGCGGCGCUGCAGCUGCCCAGCGAACGCAAGACGGAGAAGCUGCCGGUCAUGUCGCUGGUCGACCGCCUGGACCAUCUGGUGCUGACCGUCGAGGACAUCGAGCGGAGCUGCGCCUUCUACGAGCGGGCGCUGGGCCUGCAGCGCGAGGAGUUCGGUGCGGGUCGCACGGCGCUGCGCUUCGGCCGACAGAAGAUCAACCUGCACCCCAACCCCAGCCCGAUCGACACCAAGGCGGGCCGGCCGACGCCGGGCUCGGCCGACAUCUGCUUCAUCGCGGCCGCGCCGCUGGCGGAGGUGCAGCGCCACCUGGAAUCGCUCGGCAUUCCGCUGGUCGCCGGUCCGGUGCCGCGCACCGGCGCCUGCGGUCCCUUGACCUCGCUCUACCUGCGCGAUCCCGACGGCAACCUGGUCGAGGUCGCCGCCUACGAGGAGACGCCCGACUGA